AUGGAGCGACUCGACGCGCUCCGCGCGCGCGUGCGCGCGCGCUUCACCCCCGUCGUCGCGUGCGUCACGACCCCCGAGGUCGACGCGGCGUGCGCGGCGACCGGGCUCUCGUUCGUGGACAUCCUCCGCCCGCACGCGCGCGUCACCGGGAUCGAGGUCCAGAUGCGCACGUCGCCGGAGCACGUCGCGGUGACGACGUCCUACUCCGUGCGGUUCCACUCCGUCGCCGAGGCGAAGCGCGCGGCGCCGUACGACGUCGUGGAGGCGCACCUCGCGCGCGCGUUCGCGACGACGCGGUGGGCGGCGGGCGGCGCGAGCGGGGACGCGCUCGCGGGCGCGCUGGACGACGUCCCGAAGGACGUCGAGGCGUUGAUCGCGCGCGCGAGGGGCGAGGUGCGUUCUCCGAGCGAUGAGAAGUGGUGGACCCCGUGGUUCGACGCGUACCGCGCGGAGCUGGACGAUCGCCUCGCGUUCCACGACCACGAAGCGAUCGACGUCCCCGCGGGCGUCGUCUUCGCCGUGAGCGCGUCCUCGAGCGAUCCUCUCGGAGACGCGACGCGAAUGACGGAGGACGGAUCGUCGUGGCCGGGGGGAUUGCCGAAUCAACCGCUUCUGGAGAGAGCGGGCGACGUGGACGUGUUCGCGCGGCAUUACGUGCUGGUGCACGACGCGCGGGACGCGACGGCGACGCGGGAGGCUGUGGCCGCGAAGGAGCGGAUCCUCGCGGACGCGUUCGGGGACGCGAAGGUGAGCGUCUUGCCGGUGAAUUCGUCGUCAUCCUUCUCGUCGUCGCCCCACGACGAUGACAUCUGGACCGCGCACCUCGAGCGGCGGAUGAUCACCGCCGCGAACGCGUCGGGCGCGAUUACGAUCGAUGAAACCGUCAAACGUGGAGCGUUACUGUCCAAAGAAGACGUCGCCGCGCACGCCCGCGUCGUGAAGGAAUACGUCGCCGGUUCGCUUUUGAAAUCGAUGGAAAAACGGUCGCGCGCGGCGAACGAGAAGAUCGCGGCCACGCGCAAAGGCUUGAAGAACCAGCUGAAGUCGUUCUGGGGACGGAGCACGGGCGCGAGCGUGAAGACCGAGGGCGACGGCGCGUACACGCCCGCGUCGCAAGAGUCGCAGAUUCGAGUCGCCGCGGACUUAGCCUUCUUCUUGGGCGAUUACGAAACCGCGGCGUCGCACUACCGCCUCAUACAAUCCGAUUACAAGGCGGACAAGGCGUGGAAGCGCCUCGCGGCGACGCAAGAGGCGCUCGGGCACGCGCUGGUGAUGUGCAAGCCGCAGCAGUGGGCCGCGGAGGGCCCGCCGUUCAGAGAGAGCCGACGCGAGGCCGCGGCGGCGUUCGAAGCCGCGGCGGCGUGCUACGCGCGCGCCAACGUGCACGCGGCGGGCGGUGGUCAGACGGUCGCGCCACCGGGGACGCCGCCGCCGGGAGGAGGAGGAGGAGGAGGAGGAGGAGGAGGCGUUCCCGGCGGCACGGGGACCCCGGGUCCGGCGUUCGCGCCGCCGACGCCGACGCCCGGCGGCGUCGCCGCCGUCGCCGCCGUCGUCGCGCCGCCCGCGGGGGCGUUCGACUCCGUCGCCGAGCGCACGCUCUGGGCGACGCGCGCGGCGUACGCGCACGCCGCGCUGCUGACCGCGUGCGGCUCCGAUCGCGAGGCUGCGAUCCCGCUGACGAGGGCGUCCGCGGAGGAGGCGCAAACGCACGCGCGCGCGGCGUUAUCGUUGGAAGCGGCGGCGACGGCGUAUCUCCGCGCGGACCCUCCGAUGGCGCGCAAGUACGCGAUUCACGCCGUGCUCGCGGGGCACAGAUACAACCAGGCUGGUCUGCGCGCAAACGCGAUACGCUGCUACGCCGGCGCGCUGCCUGUGUACGAGCGGCGGCGCGACGCCGGCCCCGGCGCCGGGAAACGACGCGGCGUCGGGUGGAAUAAAGCGAGGGAGCACUUGCACUUCGCGCUCGGAAGACAGGUGGCGCACGCGGGCGAUUUCGCUCGCGCGCGCGCGUAUUUCCGCGCGCUGCUCGAGUGCGCGACGACGCAGACGGCGGCGACGCAGGCGACGUACUUGCGGGAGUAUCUGUACGUCGUGCAGCAGUCAUACGGCGGGCAGUCAGGCGCGGGCGCGUCGGCGAUCGAGGAGACGCCGCUGCCGAGCGUGGACGUCGGGGACGCGCGCGUGACGUUCCACGACGGCCACGUGUACGCGUCUGAUUCGUCGUUCGCCGCGAAAGAUAGCAUAUCUUCGGACACGUGGAAGGUGCUCGAGAACGACGACGGGCUCGUCCCCGCGGGGUUACAAGGCGGCGGCGCCACGUGGCUGGAUAAGCCGCGGGAGAAGGGCGCGGAACAGCGCGGCGUGUGCGCCGCGGGCGAAGCCGUCGUCGUCGCCAUCACUCUGCGGAACCCGCUCAAGGUGCCUCUGGACGUCUCCGAUCUGCGCUUAACGUGCGAGUUCAAAGGCGCGGACGACGCCGACGUCGCCGACGCCGGCGCGGUGGCGACGCCGUCUUCCUCCGCGACGCUCGCGCCGCUCGAGACGGCGACGAUCGACGCGCGGUGCUCGCCGUCGAAACCCGGGAUGUUGAAGAUCGUCGGCGCGACGUGGACGACGUGCGGCGUCGCGAAGUGCGCGAUGACGUUCGACGUCCGCGCGCCGCGGACGCGCGCGACGGGCGGCGCGCACGGCGGGUGGGCGCGGGACGUCCCGCGACAUAAGCGGAUCGCGUUCACCGUCGCGGCGACGACGCCGACGCUGGACGCAUUCCUCGACGGCGCGCCCGCGGCGACGAGGGAGGGCGCGACGAUUCGCGUCGCGUUGAGGAUACGAAACGUCUCUUCGUGCAUCGCGCACCGCGUGCGCGUGCGGCUUCCCGGCCGCGGCGUGCUGCUCCCCGUGGACGCCGCGGACGUCGUGGGCGAGGUGGUCGCGAAGGGAGACGGGGGAGACGGAGACGGAGACGCCGCAGACGCCUUCUCGUCGGGGGCGAAGCCGAGGAAGGCUGGGGGCCCCGCGCCGCCGCCGCCGCCGACGCCGUCGACGCGCCCCGGCAAAGUCUUCGCGCCGCCGGGCUGGGCGACGCUCGCGCCCGGCGCGGAGGUCACCAUGCCGCUGUGGUUCCACGCGUCCGCGGCGGCGGCGCGCGCGUCGUCCGACGGCGCGAUCGCGCUGCCGAUCGUCGUGUGCUACGAGCCGCCGUGGCCGGCGCCGCCGCUGUUGAAAUUUCGCACGACGCGACUUCUCGCGGGGAUUCGCGUCGCGCCGUCGCUGUCCGUCGCCGCGAGCGCGCUCCCUGCGGCGUCUCACCCGGCGGCGAGGGUGCUGAGGCUCGUCACCGCGGCGGCGGCGAACGGGGUGGGUGACGACACGACGAAAACGGCUGCUUCGUAUGCGUUACGAAGCGUCUCGCUCGUGGACCGCCGCGGCGAACCCCGCCGCGGCGUUCGCGUGACGGCGAUGGGCGGCGCCGCCGCCGCGCGCGUCGUCGCGCCGGGGCAGCGCUGGGACACGAUCCUGCUCGUGGAGCCGACCGCCGACGAUGGAUCGUCGUCGUCGUCGUCGUCCGUAGCGUUCGGCGGCGGCGGCGAAGGCGGCGCGGAGAGCGCGCCGGUGGAGAGGGUACACGCCGCGAUCGGCGCCGGCGGGGGCCGUCGUCGCGGCGGCGGCGGCGGCGGCGGCGUUCUCGCGGACGCCGACGUCGUCGUGCGAUGGGACGAAAUCUCCCCCGCGCCGAACGCGGUCGCGACGAGCGGGUCGCAUCAUCUCUACGCCACCGCGGACGGCGGCGGAUGGGACGCGUCCGCGCCGACGAAGGAACGGCCGCGGCGGAGUCGCGUCGCGCGCGGCGGCGACGACGCCGCCGCGGGCGCGUUCGACGUGACGUGGACGUUAGAGGGCCCGUCCGUCGCGACGUUACCGCCCAGGGAGUCGUCGUCUUCUUCACCUUCGUCCUCCGCGACCGUGCCGAUCGUUCUCAGGGCGCACAACCCCGCGCCGUACGCGGUCGACCUGACGUUCGAGGCGUCGGCGCCGGCGGCGGCUUCGGCGUGGGGGCCGAUCGACGGCGCCGGCGUCGGCGGCUGGACGACCGGCGCGCCGGCGACGCCGCCGCCGCCGCCGACGCCGGCCGCGGCGCCGCCGCCCGCGUCGAUAUUCCCCGGCCGCGCGUGGAUGUGGACCGGCGCGGUGAGACGAACCGUCGCGGUCGCCCCGGGGGAGACGACGGAGAUGCGACUGAGCGUGGACGUCUUCGAACCGGGGACGUUCGCGUUGGGGGAGUACGCGGUGUCGUGGGGGCGCGCGGAGGCGAGCGGCGACGCCGACGCCGCCGCGAACGCGAAUCGUAUUAACGUCCUCGGGGGUGGGGUUACGGCGGCCGCGAAGGUGAUGAAGCGAACGGGAGGGCCGGCGAUGGCGUGCAACGCGCCGUUUAUUCUCUCCGUCGCCGCUGCGGCGGCGUGA